GUGCAAUAUUCCGUCUGCAAUAAGCGGUGUGUGUUUGAAAUUGAUUUCAUUUAAACUUCUAUUACCGUAUAGUGUGGAAUACCUAUUUAAAAAGCAUUAAAAAUGCGUGCUAGUCUGUUUUUCCACAUACUAAUAUGGUGCUUUUCUGUGGCAAUAUGCACGGAACCCAUCGUACUUGUACACGGCGGUGCGGGUGCUAUCAAGGAUGCACAAUUGCCUGUGGCCUUACAUGGCGUGAAAACGGCAGCUCGCGUCGGUUUUGAGACACUCAAUUGUGGUGGCAGUGUGUUGGAUGCCGCGCAGCAGGCGGUGCGUUCAAUGGAAAUGAAUCCACAAUUCAAUGCCGGCUAUGGUGCUGUGCUCACUUGGGAAGGCAAAGUCGAAAUGGAUGCGGCCAUCAUGAAUGGUGGAGAUUUGAAUGCCGGUUGUGUUUCGGUAGUGCGCGAUAUUUAUCAUCCUAUCGAUUUGGCGCGUCGUGUUAUGGAUAAGACACGCCACAAGUUUCUUUCGGGCGAAGGUGCAAUGCUUUUCGCUGAGGAGGAGAACUUCGAAAUACUACCCGAAGGCGCUUUGGUCACAAACAAAUCACAGCAAGCACUUGAAGACUAUAAGAACAGUUUGAAUGCCACAACAAAGAAGUUGUGCAAUACCGAUUUGAAUGUCGAUUGCCCGUAUGAACUGCAAAGCGCUAUAUCAUAUUCGGUGCUCAAGAAUUUCCUCAAAGAAUACGGUUCACAAGGCACAGUCGGUGCUGUGGCCAUCGAUGAAUUGGGAAAUUUGGCUGCUGCAACUUCAACGGGUGGCAUAACCGGUAAGAUGCCUGGACGUGUUGGUGAUUCACCCAUAUUGGGUGCAGGCACAUAUGCUGAUAACGAAGUGGCCGCUAUAUCGGCUACUGGUCAUGGUGAGACUAUUAUGCGUUACAAUGUCGCCUCGCGCAUUUUGGCGCUCAUUAAAUAUGAAAAUAUGAGCGCUGCCGAAGCGUCUGCGAAGGUCUUGAAGGACAUGACGCAGCGUUUUGAGCAGACCGCCGGCGUCAUAAGCAUCGAUAAGGAUGGUAAUGUGGGCAUCAAUUUUACAUCACAACGCAUGACUUGGGCCUAUCAACGUGGCGAGGAGCUACAUUAUGGUGCUGAUAAGAAUGAAGACAAUGUCGAUAUAGUUGGCGAACCAAGGAUAAGCGCGCUGGAUUUGUGUGGUUGAGGCUUCUCAGUGCCGCAAUAUAUAAGUGGUCUGGUUGUAUUGUUGCAAAUAAAUCAAAAUUUUCCAAAUUUUUAUGUAAACAAACGCA